AUGGAACGAGACCAAAAUAAUUGGUCUAUUUUUGAGAAGGCUUCAGCGGAUAAAGAGACCUACCGCGACGCAAACUUUGAUGAUGGCGCAAGCGCUUCUCAUGACGAUGAAGCGUCCCGCUUUUUUCGCCAAGAUUCCUUUUUCAUUCAAUCAAGAUUCGCAUUUCCUCAGUUCCCAAUCGCUCCUGAAAAUGUCACGGUUUUGCUUAGUCCCACGGAAUUUCAUCAAUGUCUCGUCGAUUUAUACCGUUCUGCGAAGCAGCGUAUCGUUUUGGCUGCAUUAUACAUCGGAACAGCUUCCCCUGAGGGCGAAGUUGUUGAGGCGGUUGCCGAGACGUGCCGGCGUGCUUUACUUAAUCCAUCUAAGCCAUCAGAGGAUUUCGAAUCUUUAGAUCGUCCAGCGUCAACACGCUCAUCGUCAUCUGAGCUGACGACAACGGCUUCCACCGGCGCUGCUGCAUCAAGCGUUGCUAUGGAAGAAUCUAGUCGAUUUUCUGUUGAUAUUUUGAUUGAUUCUGCGAGAGGGCGUCGUUUAGAACAAGGGGGUUCAUCUUUAACGAUGCUUGAAUCUCUUUUUGAUUUGCAGGAAAUUGCAAAUCAGAAAACUCCAACAGUAUCCUGCACCCAUCCUGCCUCUUCUUUGUCUGAGUCUCCAUCUUCAACUGCAUCGCCCGUAUCGAUUAAUGUAAAUCUAUUUCACUCCCCUCUUCUCUCUGGACUUCUUUAUCGCGUGUUGCCUCCUCGAGUCAAUGAAAUUCUGGGAGUUUUUCAUACAAAGAUAUUUCUUGCAGAUAAUACAGUUGUUCUGACGGGUGCCAAUCUAAGUGGAUCUUAUUUAACCAAUCGGCAGGAUCGCUACGUCGUUAUCAAAGACGCUCCUCUUCUUGCGGAUUUUCUCCACCGAUUUAUUCGAUUGGUUCAAAAAUUUUCAUUUUUUGCGGAGAUCAUUCCAACUGUCCAACAGGCAGAACAAAACCUUCAAAUUCCUUCUGAAGAGUGGUGGAAUAAACAGCGUUCGAAUGAUCGACAAGUACCACUCAGCAAUGGAAAGACUGUUGCGUUGCGUCUCAAUCAAGGAAUUCCUGAUCCUACGAAUUCAGCAGAAGAGUUUAAAAGACAAUUUGGUCAAGCUCUUAAUAAUUUUUUGGUUCAUCAAUCUCCUCCAAAUCCUCAAACGUCUCUUUCUUCUACAUCACUACUUGUUGCGAUUCAAGCUGGUUUUUGCAAUCCAGCUAUUCAGCAAGAGCAAGAGCUCCUUUCCCUUCUUCUCCCAUCACUUUCGAAUUCUAGUUCUCAAUGGCACCGCAGACUUGGCGACUACGUUCCCUGGUCGUCCCCAUCAUUCUAUUCCUGCCCUUCCCGUCGUAGUGCUGCCGAGAGUCCAUUUCUUCCCAAUCGAAGUUCAAACCUUCUUGGCGAUCCGAUCGAUCGAAUUGUUUUGGCUUCUGGUUAUUUAAAUAUGGCAGACGAGCUCCUUGAGCGACUCGCAAACUCUACUGCCAGCAGUUCCUCUGACGAUACGACGAAUGACAAGCCAGCAACAUUGGAAGUUUUCAUGGCAGCCCCCGAAGCGAAUAGCUUUUUCCAAUCCCAGGGACUUUCGAAGUACAUUCCAAUGGCUUACUCUUAUGUUGCCGCAACGCAGCUCCUUCGACUUCGCCAAUUGUGGGAACAGAGACGGAGAGAGGAUGCUCUUGCCGUUCGCUACAAUUGGGAACCGUCUGGGACAUUUUCGCGGUGGCUUCUAGGAUUUGGAUCUGUGGAGCAGCGAACCCAAGCUGCCCCAUUAUUCUGGGAGUAUGACAGGGCGGCCUGGACGUUUCAUUCAAAGGGGAUUUGGUUUUACCCAAGGCAGCAAGACGGAGGAAAUCGAAGAGAAUAUCCUACAGCAACAAUUGUGGGAAGCUCAAACUUCGGAUUAAGGUCUUGUGUUCGUGAUUUGGAUGUUUCAUUUUUAAUACAAACAAAAGAUCGUUCUUUGCAACAGCAAUUCCAAAAAGAGAUUGAUGUGAUGCGUCAGCAUUCUAGAGAGGUUGCCGACGUUUCAUUGCUUGCAUCGCGGUGCCCUCGAUGGCUUCGAUUCCUACUGCGUUGGGCAGGGCUGAAGACUCUCCUAUGA